CACAAAAUGGAAACCAAUUUACUGUUCCAAAAGUUAAACAUAAAGAAGCAAUUGCGCAUUACACAGCAGGAAUUAAAUGGGCAAAAGACAACAAUGUUGCACUUACCUCCAUCCUUGCCUUAAAAGACUUAAUAAAAGAAGCUGUUAUUAAGUCGCAUUCUGAACAUAAAAGGCAAACAAAAAUACACUUUUUUUAUUUUUAUUUUGUUAUUUGCUUAUUUUAGCUAUGUAGAU